CAGUAAUUGAACAACACAUUUUCUUCCUCUAUACUCUCUAGCUCAACACUAAAAUUUAAAUUAAAAAGGGUAAUUUACAUUUUACUUAUCAUACUUUUUAUAAACUAGUAAAUUCAAGACAAAUAUAACCAAACAAAUACAAUGGACUACGAUCUAAAUGACCACAUGGAAUUGGCUAGAUAUAAUCUUAAACAAAAACAAACUCAAAACUGGAUAAAUGUCACAAAUCAGUCAAAACACUCGCGCCAGUCUGAGCUAUAUGAAGUGGAAAAACAAUCAAUGUUUAAUACUGUCAAUAAUUUUAUGACCAAGCUUAUAGUCGAUAAGGAUCGUUUUAUUAAGUCUAAACACAACGAAUUAAAAAUGAAAAUAAAAUGGAUGGAGAAAUCAAUAGAAUUAGCUGUUAAAAGAUAUAAUGUAAUGAGAAUAUUUUUAAAUAUUCCAAUGGACGAUUUAUAUUCGGAUAUAAAACAUCAAACAAUGCCAUUUAAAUUAGAUUAUAUGUCUAAGAAAAAAAGACAAGAAAUAGAAAAUCAAUUUAAAUUUAAAGAAACACAACUCAUUUUAUCCGAUUUGCGAUCACCAAUGGAAAUGUUAAGGAAUAGAAUUGUAGAUCACGGAAUUAUUCCAAUUUAUCGGUUCCUAAAAAGAAACACAUCUGGUCAACAAUUUGUUUACAACUAUUCAUGUACAUUGUUUGGAAUGUAUGUUGAAGGAAGUGGUACUAGCAAGUAUGAGGCAAAAGUAAAUACAGCUGCUGAAAUGUUGCGUUCAAUUAUAAGGAAACAGAAAAACCGAACCCUUUCUCCGCACAUAAGAUCUAUUAACGAUAAGGAAUUGAAAUCCAUCGGUCAAAUGAUUAAGUUUAAAGCAAACUAUGUAGAGGUACUGCAUAAUGUAUGCCUUAAUCAUUCACAUCUACCACCAAUAUAUACACUCCUAUCACAGCCCAAAAAUGGUGACAAACCUGAAAACCAUUAUUCAAUUCAAUGCAAUGCGAUGGGCUUAGUGGCAAUAGGACACAGUAACAAUCAAUCAACAGCCAAACAAAUGGCGGCACAAAAUAUUAUGAAAUUAUGGGAGAAAUUGAAUACGAAAAGCAACCCCUCUAACUAGAACUAAGAUAAUUAACUUUUCAAACACAAAAUUGUAAAAUUGCAUAUAUGUAUAUUAGGUGAUCCAUUUAUGUCUAGCACUCGUUAUUUCGAAAAGUUGUAACUUUUUCAACAAUAUUCUUUUAUAAAAUUUGAAGUCAUUACAAAACAACAUUUCUGUAAAAAUUUAUAUAUUUUACUAUUUUUUAUCGUUAUAAUUUUAAAAGUUUUUCCCCUUUUUUGAGUGACAUUAUAUAUUUUAAUUUUCAUAUUCUAAAACAAAAUAUUAUUCUGAGUAUUUCAAUCUAUGAAAUCAAAUUUCAGAAAAAUACCUAGUUCAUUAGUUAUAAUUUAUAAGUAUUUAAAGUUUAGACGAACGUCCCCAUGGGUAACCCGCAAAAUGCUGUCCACUACACCGCUAAUCUAAACUUUAAAUACUUAUAAGUUAUAAGUUAUAAUUAAUGAAUUACCUAAUUCUCUAAAAUUUGAUUUUUAUAGAUUGAAAUACUCCAAAUAAUAUCUUGCUUCAGAAUAUGAAAUUGAAAAUGUAUGAUGUCAUUCAAAAAAGGUAAAACACUUAAAAUCUAUAAUGAUCAAAAACAGUAAAAAUUAUUUUUUUUUUUCAGAAUUUUUGUUUUGAAAUGACUUACAAUUAUUAUACAAAAAUAAUUUUUUCGAAAACAUUUUGGAAUAAUGUGUAUAGACUAUAGACACCUGAAUGGAUCAUCUGGUAUAUAUAAAACUAUUUUAUUGAGAUUUUCAUAUUAAUUUCUUUUACCUAAAUCGAU